AUGCAACGACCAACUCGAAACGGUAUGCAGGGGAGGAAUUUUCUGUUUGAACGGUCGGAUCUGAAUCAACGAACUCCCAGCCUGUUUGAAACGUGGAGAUUCACCGAGUUAAAGUGUUCCAACUCGUCCUCAAAUUUGUUGUCACAGUCCAAUUUGUUUUGCAAACAAUCAUUCGAGAAUACGCGCAACACGUACAUUACACCGCCAGUGGAGAAGACACAUGCAAGAACGCCAAAGGCGCCAGUGAAGUUCAAGAAGCAAAUUAAGAAGGGCGACUUAAGGCCGAAAAAGUUACACUACACCGACGACGAACUAGAUAAUUCUUCAGCCAACGCGGACAGCGGCAUUAAUGUUCAAUUUGACCAAUCGAGCCAUGAUAUGUUUCACAAACAACGUGCAACGCAAUGCAAUAGAUUAGAUUCUUCGCAGAAUCAGAUGCGUAGAUUACGCGCGAAAUUAGACAUGAUUAAGAUGCAAACGGAUGACAAAGAAAACGACAAAAGUAUUGUAGAAAAUAGCAGGAACAAUGUAGUACAAGAAUCUGUAGCAUUCAAUCCAAAUGCAAAAGUGUUGUCACAGUGUGACAAAAAUCUUGAUUGGAAAGAGAAAUUAUAUUGGUUACAGCCUAGAAGAGAUGUUGGCUUAUGGAUUGAGUGCUGUAGGAAAAAAUGUAAAAAAUGGAGAUACGUUGAAGAUUACCAUGAUCCGGUAGAUGUGCCUAAAAUAUGGUAUUGCGAAAUGAAUUCUGAUAAAUCAAUAGCAUCUUGUGAUAUACCAGAAAAUUCAAAAUCACAAGCCAUCAAAACUGACUUAAUUGAAAAUGCUUACAAUGCAGGUAGCAUUGUUUGGGCACAUAUUAAAGGCUAUCCAUGGUGGCCUGGUAUCGUUAAUGAUUGUCCUGAAACUUGUACAUAUUAUAAAUUAUCUAAAAAUUCUCUUAAACCUGUAAGAUUGUAUUUUCUUUCCUGUAUGAUAAAAGAUACUAAGAACGAAUACUAUGUCACAUUUUUUAAUAAGGACAAACUUGAAAGUGAAUGGAUUUCCAAGCAAAAUAUUAAAUCAUUUAAAACAAAUAGAUAUACUACACUUAUUAGAAAGACAAAGUUUAAUGGAAUUGAUUACAAAAAGCCCUUAGAGGAAGCUUAUAAAAUGGCUAUAAGUUCUCUUUCAUUAUCAAUUUUAGAAAGAUUAAAAAGAUUCAGCUUUUUGGCAUUAUAUAAGAAAUUUUAUGACAUCAAUAAUAAUUUGUCACAAAUAAUAAACAACAAUGCAACAACAGAUAUUUCAUCAGAUAUGGACACAAAUUCAGAUGAUGAAAUACCUUGUUCAAAACCUAAAAAAAAGCAGUACACUUUGAAGGAAUAUUAUUUAGAUGUAAUAUGCAAAAAUCAAGACAUGCAAUAA